CCGCUCUCUCUCUCUUGCUCGCUCGCUCUGUGUUCGUUCCAUCAGUUCGAUUCCGCCUUCGGUUCCGGUUCUCCAGAAGGUUGAUAUGGAGAGAACAGACUCAGAUAAGCUGCAAUCAAGUUGGUUGGAUACCCACUUUAGUUCUAUGAAGGCCACAUGGCUUUCGGAAAAUCUUCAGUAUAUGAACCGCAAUUUCAAAGAAAUUAUGAAGCUCAUAGAUGAAGGCAGUGGUUCGGCAAAUGGCGUUGACAUAUAUGAUCCGAGAAGGCCCCAGCUGAUUGCUCUAGUUGAGGAAUUUUACAAAAUGUAUCAUGCAUUAGCCGAACACUGUGAUCAGUUGGAGUUGGAAAGGCAAAAUCCAGAACCUCUGAGAUCCGGAUUAGGACAGGGCUCUCCGCAACUGACAGCUGGUACAGGUGCAUCUUUUAGCUCUGGUCACAGCAGCAUUGACAUUUCAAAGGAACGCUAUGAGUCAUCUUCAUUUUCCUCGGACUCUGAAUCAGAAUCUAUCAACUGCUCUGAGAGUACCUACAACAGCAAGGUUACACAAAUGAAUGGCAUUGGACAGCAACAGGAGAACAGUGAGCUCAGUACGGAUAUUAUAAGGAAGAUAAAAGAACACGCUAGCUACAAGGAACUGGUUGCUAGAAACAUCCGUAAUGAGGAAGAGCUAAGGCUUUUGAACCAAAAGCUCCAGCAGUCAGAAAAUGAAAUAGCCAGAUUGAAUAGCGCCCUGGAGAAGGGCCAAACAGUUUCUGGUGAUUUGCAGGUUGAACUUCAAGCUGCCCACGACGAGAUCAGAGCCAGAGAUGCCAGCAUUGAAGAUUUAUAUGCUAGAGCUUCGCAACUGGAGAACCAGAUUACUGAACUUCAAAAUCAUAUUUCAGACUCCAGCCAAAGGGCUGAAAUGUUGAUGAAAGAGCUUGAAGUAGCUCAAGAAAAGAUUCAGAAAUCAAAUGAAGAUACAGCAUUGCUAACUGCCAAGUUUGACUCAGAGAGAAGGCAGGUGUUGAAACUGCAGGAAUUGGUUUCUGGGUACAAAUCCGAUGUUUCUGAUCGUGAUCUUGUGAUCAUGGAUUUAAGAGCUGCACUAUCUGAGUCGCAGCAAAAGUUGUUCACUGAGAAAGAACAACUGCUGCUACAAAUGGCUACUUGCAAAGAAAGGCAACAAACAUUUGAGGCGGGAUUGAAGGAGUGGGAAAGUAGGUGCAAAUUGUUGGAAGAGAACUUAAGGCUCCGGGAAAAUGAAAUGAAUGCAAUGAAAGAACGGCAUGAUACUGAAAAGAACGAUAUGCAAGUUGAUAUCCAUCACUUGAAGGAAUCACUUGCUAGUAAAGAUAGCCAAGUGGAAGAGUUGAACAAAGACCUUGACAAACUCAAACUGAAAUAUGACAUGCUGGUGGCCGAGAAAGAUGGGUUGGAUGCUCAGAUUCAAAACCUGUUAGCUGAGGCAAGCGCUAAGAAUGAUCAGAUGCAGCAAAUGGAGAAGCAUAUGUGCAAUUUGCAAAAGGAACACCACGAACUAAUUGCUGGUUCUGCACGCGCACAGAAGCUUGUGGGGGAAUUGCGAUCGAGAGUGGAGCAGCUAGAGAAUGAGGUGGAUAGUCAGAAAGUAGUGAUAUCAGACGGAGCUGAGAAGAAAAGGGAGGCCAUUCGGCAGCUUUGCUUUUCAUUGGAGCAUUACAGGAGUGGAUAUCAGGAACUUCGUCAAGCUUUUCUUGGACACAAACGACAUGCGGUUCGAGCCAUAUAAGUUGAUUUGCUUCGCAUAUGCCUUAAUUAAUUUUUUAUUUCCUGUGAAAUUACAAGGUUCCUGGUAUGAUCUAUGUACGUUGUAUUCUGUUGGUGACAGUCUAUAGUUUGAACUUGAAGUCCUCUUUCUCUGUGGAAAGGUGCUAAUGCUCUGGUUUUGGUCAUAUGCAGUCCAGUAGGUAAUUUGUGGGCUGGGUUUUUUAGUAGUUGGGCUGCCAAAGAUGGGUCACCUAAUGAAAUUUGCAGCUUUAUUUCGAGAGA